CAGUCACACUUCCUUCUCAGCUAGAAUAUUUUUAUCUGGAACCGUUGCCAGUUCAAGAUGAGCCCACCCCUGAACGUCUGGGUUUCAUUGUCUCGCUCAGUUUAGACUGUGUAUAUCCACAAGGUUCCGGCAAGGGCUAGCAGGUGCAUCAACUCUUUCUGUUUUUGUUUGUGAGGAAGGGGGUGGCUUCAGAGCCCAUGGCGGGCAGGGUUCAUAGUCUUACAAGUACGUGCUUAAGAAUUACUGUACAGGCUGUUGCUUUAAGAGGACAAAGCUGCUUCGUCCCAGCCAUGAGGAAAAUCAGUUGCUUAGGGCAUGGAGCUGGAGAACUAUGAACAGCCGGUGGUUCUAAGAGAGGACAACCUCCGCCGGCGCCGGAGAAUGAAGCCGCGCAGCGCAGUAGGCAGCCUGUCCUCCAUGGAGCUCAUCCCCAUUGAGUUCGUACUGCCCACCAGCCAGCGCAUCAGCAAGACUCCAGAAACAGCGCUGCUGCACGUGGCUGGUCACGGCAAUGUGGAGCAGAUGAAAGCCCAGGUGUGGCUGCGCGCGCUGGAGACCAGUGUGGCUGCGGAAUUCUACCACCGGCUGGGCCCAGACCACUUCCUCCUGCUCUACCAGAAGAAGGGACAGUGGUAUGAGAUCUACGACAGGUACCAGGUGGUGCAGACCCUAGACUGCCUGCGCUACUGGAAGAUGAUGCACAAGAGCCCCGGUCAGAUCCAUGUGGUACAGCGACACGCACCUUCUGAGGAGACCCUAGCUUUCCAGAAGCAGCUCACCUCCCUAAUUGGAUAUGAUGUCACUGACAUUAGCAACGUGCACGAUGAUGAGCUAGAGUUCACUCGCCGCCGUCUGGUCACACCUCGCAUGGCAGAGGUGGCUGACCGUGAUGCCAAACUCUAUGCUAUGCACCCUUGGGUGACGUCCAAACCUCUUCCAGACUACCUGUCAAAAAAGAUUGCCAACAAUUGCAUCUUCAUCGUCAUCCACCGCAGCACCACCAGUCAAACAAUCAAGGUCUCUGCAGAUGAUACUCCUGGCGCCAUCCUCCAGAGCUUCUUCACCAAGAUGGCCAAGAAGAAGUCCCUAAUGAACAUCCCAGAAAGUCUAAGUGAGCAGGAUUUUGUGUUGCGGGUCUGUGGCCGCGACGAGUACCUGGUGGGUGAAACGCCUCUCAAAAACUUCCAGUGGGUGAGGCAGUGCCUCAAGAAUGGAGACGAAAUACACCUGGUGCUCGACACGCCUCCAGACCCAGCCCUAGACGAGGUGAGGAAGGAAGAAUGGCCACUGGUGGAUGACUGCACUGGAGUCACCGGCUACCAUGAGCAGCUGACCAUCCAUGGCAAGGACCAUGAGAGUGUGUUCACAGUGUCUUUGUGGGACUGUGACCGGAAGUUCAGGGUCAAGAUCAGAGGCAUUGACAUCCCUGUCCUGCCUCGGAACACCGACCUCACUGUUUUUGUGGAAGCAAACAUCCAGCACGGACAACAAGUCCUUUGCCAAAGGAGAACCAGCCCUAAGCCCUUCGCGGAAGAGGUGCUCUGGAAUGUGUGGUUGGAAUUUGGCAUCAAAAUCAAAGACUUGCCCAAAGGGGCCCUGUUGAACCUGCAGAUCUACUGCUGCAAAACACCAGCACUGUCCAGCAAGGCUUCUGCUGAGACGCCAGGCUCCGAGUCCAAGGGCAAGGCCCAGCUUCUCUACUACGUGAACCUACUGUUAAUAGACCACCGGUUCCUGCUCCGCCAUGGGGACUAUGUGCUCCACAUGUGGCAGAUAUCUGGGAAGGCGGAAGAACAAGGCAGUUUCAAUGCUGACAAGCUCACUUCCGCAACCAAUCCUGACAAGGAGAACUCAAUGUCCAUCUCCAUCCUGCUGGAUAACUACUGUCACCCCAUAGCCCUGCCUAAGCAUCAGCCCACCCCUGACCCGGAAGGAGAUAGGGUCCGAGCUGAAAUGCCCAACCAGCUUCGCAAGCAACUGGAGGCGAUCAUAGCCACAGAUCCACUUAACCCCCUCACAGCAGAGGACAAAGAAUUGCUCUGGCAUUUUAGAUAUGAAAGCCUGAAGCAUCCGAAGGCAUACCCUAAACUAUUCAGUUCAGUGAAGUGGGGACAGCAAGAAAUUGUGGCCAAAACCUACCAGCUGUUAGCCAGAAGGGAGGUCUGGGAUCAAAGUGCUUUGGACGUUGGCUUAACCAUGCAGCUCCUGGACUGCAAUUUUUCAGAUGAAAACGUAAGAGCCAUUGCAGUUCAGAAACUGGAGAGCCUGGAGGAUGACGAUGUUUUACAUUACCUUCUCCAGCUGGUGCAGGCUGUGAAAUUUGAACCAUACCAUGACAGUGCUCUGGCCAGAUUCCUGCUGAAGCGUGCCUUGAGAAACAAAAGAAUCGGUCACUUCUUGUUCUGGUUCUUAAGAAGUGAGAUAGCCCAGUCCAGACAUUAUCAGCAGAGGUUCGCUGUGAUCCUGGAAGCGUAUCUGAGGGGCUGUGGCAUGGCCAUGCUGCAGGACUUCACACAGCAGGUCCAAGUGAUCGAGAUGUUACAAAAAGUCACCAUUGACAUCAAAUCACUCUCUGCUGAGAAGUAUGACGUCAGUUCCCAAGUUAUUUCACAGCUUAAGCAAAAGCUUGAAACCCUGCAGAAUUCCAGUCUCCCCAAGAGCUUCAGAGUCCCCUAUGACCCUGGACUGAAAGCAGGUACCCUGGUGAUCGAAAAAUGUAAAGUGAUGGCUUCGAAGAAAAAGCCCCUGUGGCUUGAAUUUAAAUGUGCAGAUCCUACAGUCCUAUCCAAUGAAACCAUUGGAAUCAUCUUUAAACAUGGUGAUGACCUUCGACAAGACAUGUUGAUCUUACAGAUUCUACGCAUCAUGGAGUCCAUUUGGGAGACUGAAUCUCUGGACUUGUGCCUUCUGCCAUAUGGUUGCAUCUCAACUGGUGAUAAAAUAGGAAUGAUUGAGAUCGUGAAGGAUGCCACAACAAUCGCCCAAAUCCAGCAAAGCACAGUGGGUAACACGGGGGCAUUCAAAGAUGAAGUCCUGAGUCACUGGCUCAAAGAAAAAUGCCCUAUUGAAGAGAAGUUUCAGGCAGCAGUGGAAAGGUUUGUUUACUCCUGUGCCGGCUACUGUGUGGCGACGUUCGUUCUUGGGAUAGGUGACAGACACAAUGACAACAUUAUGAUCUCAGAGACAGGAAACCUAUUUCACAUAGACUUUGGACACAUUCUUGGGAAUUACAAAAGUUUCCUGGGCAUCAACAAAGAGAGAGUGCCAUUUGUCCUGACCCCAGACUUCUUGUUUGUGAUGGGGACCUCUGGGAAGAAGACGAGCCCGCACUUCCAGAAAUUUCAGGACGUCUGUGUCAGGGCUUAUCUAGCUCUUCGCCAUCACACAAACCUGCUGAUCAUCCUGUUCUCCAUGAUGCUGAUGACAGGAAUGCCCCAGUUAACAAGCAAGGAAGACAUUGAAUAUAUCCGGGAUGCCCUCACCGUGGGGAAAAAUGAGGAGGAUGCUAAGAAGUAUUUCCUUGAUCAGAUUGAAGUUUGCAGAGACAAAGGAUGGACGGUGCAGUUUAACUGGUUCCUACAUCUCGUUCUUGGCAUCAAACAAGGAGAGAAACACUCGGCUUAAUAUUCGGUGCUAGAGCCAAAAGCAAUUUUGUGUUCAAAAGCUUUGAAAUUAGCAUGUGUCAGUCAUCAGACUUAAAUUUAAAAUGCAGUAGGACACUCUGAACACUGGCACUUUGGAAAUACAGUUUUUUCCCCAGCUGAACUCUUCACCAGAGGAGAAAACGUUGGCAUUGAUGAUGGUUUGGUUAAAUAUUCAGCAUGCAGCUUCUUUGCUGUUUUUCUUUUCCCUCUCAGGCUCCAUAAUGUUGGUGAACAUUCUAAGUUUAAAUAGCCUGGUGACUUGCUUAUUAUGCCUGAUGAUCUUAUACUGAGUGUCUCUGGAGGUUCUUUAGUAGAAUAAUUGGUGAUACCUGUUGCCACGUGUGUUUACUAUGCAUUUUGGCUUUCUAGUGUUCUUUCAGCUCCUGGUAGAAAAGGGUGCAAGCACUGCUCAGCUCUGUAGCACUCUUUAAAAGAUGUUUCUAAGCAUCCCCUCUGCCCACAGAUGCUGGGGAUAUGCUAGAAGCAGGGAGUGCCAGUUGCCUUCUGAGUGCCCUCAGCAAUUAGUCUCACAGUGUGCAGCUGGGAUGCGCAGAUGCUGAAAGCACACUUUGAGCUUGAGCCUUGGCCUCCCCUGCUGGGGUAGCUCUAUGGUUAUGGAUAUGAAAAAUGGAGGUAAGACCUUUUCCCAGAGUGAAUAACCUAGUACAAUCAGUGUCAUCUCCUCUGGCACAGAAACAGGAAGUGACUAAAGGACCGUUUGAUGCCUGCACACUCAUCUUUCCCCUUACCCCACCUCCCUUCUUCCUGCCUUGCCAUCUCCUGCACUUAGUCCUGGACUUGAGAAAUCUUUAAGGACAGUUUUUCCCAACAACUCAAAUGACUUGAAAAAGAAAGUCUGCUCUAGGCUUAUGGGAAUUAUAGACACUUAUUUGUGAGCUGUUCCAUGGAUUUUUAAAAAGUAUAUUACUAAAAGAUGGGUUCCAGAAAAUAUUAGUUUCUAAAUGUUUUAAUUUUACAUUCUGAAUCUGAACAGUUUUUUAUUUUUAAUGGAAAAAGAUAGUUGCUAUCUAAUGUAUUCUAAGCUUAUAACACACUUACUUGCAUAUUCAUUUUCCAGCUUAAAGGACUUCUAAAAAUUGAGGCAUCCUGGAGACCACUGAACCAUCUUCCUUUAAAGUAUUUUCUCAUUUCUCAACUAUUAUAUUGUUUGUUAUUAGCGUUGAUCUACCUUAGAAAGAGAUCAGUAAAUUAUUUAAUCAAAUAUCUUUACCUGUCAUUAAUUCCAUAUAAAGAACUAUGUCAUUGGUGUCCAUAUUUGAAUACAAUCAGAUACAACUUUUUCUGACUUUUAAAUUUUCAAAAUAGACACUUCACAUAGAUGGAGUCCAAUCUUUCUUUUGUGUUUGCAGAAGCCAAGUAGCACCUAAUUCUGCUUCAAAUAAGAAUCAUCAGGGACACUUUAAAAAUGCCCUUGCAUUUUUAAACCAUCCCACUUUCAGUACAUCAUAAUCUCAUUAGUGUGGGAUGAGCCUGGGCAUAGUAUUCUAAGUACUUGAGUUGAAUCUAAUAUACAUGCAGGAGAAGAAGCCUUAUGCAGCCCAUGAAGGUACAGAUAACCCUCCUUGCUCACUGGGCCUUCUGUGGCUCAUAGCUAUCUACAAAAAUACUCCUCAUUCCUGGCAGCUAACCCCUUUAAAAUCUUGCUGUUUCCUGUGUAGAGGGCCAUGCCCUGUGCUGAAGUUAUAUUCUCUCUAUGAAUGGAGGUUAGGUGUUUUAUGGCAUUUCCAGACCAAAAUUCCUGCUAAUCUAAGAGCAGGAAGAAUGGUGCAUACCAGUUCCAACCAGAAGCCAUUCCUGUGCUUCCAAAGAAGAGCCAUGCAGACUUUGCACAGACUUUGCCUUUCAUUUGAGUUGCUGAAAUGAUCAUCUUGAUGAUAAAAACAAUUACAGAGUGUAUCUAUAUUUAGCUUCUGACACACAUGCAUACAAAUUAGUUCUUCAAACGAGCCAGCUUUUUCAUAGAGCUGGAAUACAUGACACCACAUACUGGGUUUCGUUCUUCCAUUCUCCAAAGAAUGUAAUUUCAACUCUAGACUUGCAGAUAAGCAAAAUUCACCUUCACAUGUUUGCUUCCUUCACGAAGUUCUUGCAAAUGAUCAAUUCCUGUGAUUUUCACACCUUUGAAAAUAUUCUAGACCUGGGGUCCUCCUGCCACUGGGUAAAUAAAUACCAAUGUCUCUAUCUUCAGUGCUGAAGUGCCUAGUGAAGAACACACAGAUCACAGGUAGAUGGGUCAGGUCAAAGCAACUUACAAGUGUAUCUAAGAGAAGCCAAAAGAAGAAAAAAAUACACAAAGCAGCUGUUGUAGACUUGGCCCAAUAUGACUGUACUUCACUAGCUUUGGUGAUGCUCUAAAAAAAAGCCAGAAAGACAUUAUGGAUAAAAUAUAUCAAUUAGAAAAAAACUCUUGAUUUGCAAACAAAUUAAGUAUAGUAAGUAUAUCGUUUUCAAGAGAUGGGUUGUUUUAUUUUUAUUAGUUAUUUGAGAAUUAUGUACAAUGAGUUUUGUAAAACGGCAAGAGAGACCUUGGUGGGUUAUAGCCAAGGUGCCCCACAGCGGGUAAGAGACAGAGACAUGCCAUGCAGACCAAGGCCCGGUGGAGAAGGGGGAAGGGAGAAGGGAGAGAGGAAGGGAGCACAGAGCUGCCUCGUGGGGAGAGAGAAAUGGAGAGGGAGAGGAAAAAAAGAGCAGGCAUGUGGCUGAGGAGAGAAGAGAGAAGUGAGAGAAAGUGGGCGGGUCCCCACCUUUUAUGAAGGGACUUUCAGGCACAUGUGCAGAGAGACCACAAUGAGCACAUGACAUUACCAGGACCCAGAGUGGGCCAAGGUAUUGCUUGCUUAUGGGCCAGGUCCCAAGGGGCGGGUCUGAAUGCUGACAAUGAGUUUUGGCCAUAAUCACCCAAUGCCCCAUCUUCUCCCAGAUUCACCCCACUCCCCUACUCACAAAACUUGUGUCCUCUUUUUUUUUUCCGCCCAUCUAUGGCAACACUCCUCAAGAAAGAAAACUCUUCCUCCCCCAGCAGCUAUGAAUUGCUAAUAGUUCCUGGCUAGGGGUGGGACUUCGGACCCACCUCUCCUCUCCAUGCUGGAAUUGAGCUUUCAUGGAGCUUAUCAUAACUGCUUCGAGUCCAUGUGAGCAGCUGCCCUGCUGUGAGCAGAGGACAUUGUUUUCUUGUAUUCAUUCACCACCUCUGUCUCUUGAAGUCUCUCUGGUCCCUCUUCAUAUGAUCACUGAGCCCAGAGAAGAUGGUGCAGUAUAGAUGUUCCAUUUAGGGCUGAGUAUUGUGCAGGCUUUUAUUCUCUGCACCAUGGCCAUUUGUGAGUCUCUGUGGUAAUCAUCAUCUACUGCAAAUAGACACUUUCUGAUGUGGAUUGAAAGAUAUACUUAUCUACGGGUGUAACAACAAGUCAUUAAGGGUUAGCUAUGGGAAUUCUGUAGCAUGAUUUGGAAGCUGUUAGUCCUAUAUUAAUGGUCAUUGAUUGUAUUUUUAAAUAAAUUAGAAAAUAAGUUUCCGAAAUUACAAUUAUUGUCUUUUGCAGGAUAGGCUCUGUUUUCCAUAACUGGCAAUUACAUUUAACAAUAGGAAGAAAAUAAAAUAAGCUGGGAUUUCUUAGCGAUUCUGUUGACUAAUUUCCAGUUUUAUCCAACCUAAUAAUUCUGGUGAACACAUUCAGUUCUACUCUUAGUGCUUGUUCACAUGUUUUCAAAGGCUCAUUUCAGGACAGAUGCCAGGGAAUUCUAAAGCACAUGCAUGGCAAGCCCUAUCUGGCAUCCAAGAUGGUCUCUUGGAUUUUAAUUACAACUGUUAAUUUAAAUAAAAAAGAAGAAUUUGACAUCUUA